GCCGCCGACGCCGUUCCCUUCCGGCCUGAGGUCCCCGCCUGGUGGCCCAGGACGUUCCCGACGCAUGGCGGUGUGCUGUGGACGAUGCCCAUGAAGUGCUUCGUCCUGCUGGUUGCGCUGUUGGUAUGGCCUUCAUCCGCGCCGGCGUACCCGAGACUAACUGUGAUGCCUGACGAAGAACAAAACUUGAAUCAUUACGUGCAAGUUUUACAGAACCUAAUACUAAGUGUUCCCACCAAGGGGCCAGGUCAUCAGAGAAAAUCAAAGACUCCAAGUAAUGUUAAUUCUGCAGCAUCGAGAGUAUCAAAGUUUAAGGAGGUGAAGUCGCACGAUGAAGCCACAGCUGAGAACGAUGUGUUGAUCAGUCCUGUCACUGACGAAACUACAACUUUCCCUACCAGGGGCUUCACGCUGGAAGUAGAGAGGGAAAAACACACUAAAAGCACAGCGUUCUGGUCAAUUAAGCCAAAUAACAUUUCUGUUGUUUUACAUGCGAAAGAACCUUACAUUGAAAAAGAAGAGCCGGAGCCGGAGCCGGAGCUGCCUGUAAGACAGACUGAGGCACCGAAGCCAGUGCCAAAUGCCACCGAACUGCCCACAAGGGAGAACACCGUCGUGGACACCGCCACAGAGCUGGAGGACGUUCCUCAGCUCUCGGGAGACUACGAAGCGGAACAGUCUGAAGCACUGACGUUUGAAGAACACCCACAGGAUUUGUAUAAUGAACGCAUCCUGAAAAAAAUUUCAGAUAUCAGUGCGCAGGUGCAGCGGGUGCCUCUUCCUGAGAGCCUCAAGCCAGAAUACAGAGCGGACAUCGAAGCUGCCAAAGAGCACCUCAAACGGAGCCUUGCUCUGGCAGCCGCAGCAGAGCAUAAAGUGGAGAAGAUGUACAAAUCUCAGAUGUUACCGCUAGGGCGGAGCAGCGGGGGGGCCGACGACGUUGAAACUGUUAUUAACGUGCUGUAUAAUUCUAGAUCUAGGCUACCUGAAUAUUUCAAUAUUAGGUAUGUUCCGCCAGGGAUGAGAGCAAAAGCUACUAUAGUAUCCAACACAUUGAGAAAAAUACUUUGUGUAAGUCUAGGGGAAACGGAAAACCUUAUUAGGAAGCUAUUAAACAAUAACAUAAAAAUGUUAAACCUACUUAAUACCCACGACAAAGCUGACUUAGGCUGA